AUGGAUUCCACUUCUUCGUCAUCCCGCAAGGUCGUCAUCAUCACUGGGGCUACGGACGUGUCUGUCGACGACAUCCCGCCAUGUCCGGACCUCAGCUGCACUGAUGCUGACUUCAAAGGCGUGGUCUACGGGACGGAGCUGGCAGUGCACUACAUGCGCCACAAUCCCGGCGGCAACAGAGGAAAUAUCAUUGUCACGGGGAGCAUCGCGGCUAUCUACCCGUUACCCACCCUUCCUGAGUACUGCGCUGCAAAGGCUGCUGUCCUGCAGUGGGUGCGCGUGAUGGCUCCAAUGCUAGGGAAAGAAGAUAUUACGAUUAAUGUUGUGCCCCCGAAUGCGUACAACACCGGCAUAUUGCCCAGUUUUGAGGAGUCCUACCUUGACAAGCACCUGACAAAGAAAGAAUGCCUGAUGUCUGCUUACGACACUUUCCUCAACGACGACAAAAACGAGAAGAAUGGGCAGGCAAUGGAGACAGCCUAUGAGUCUCACUACUCCCAUGAUGUGCCCCCAUAUAAAAGUGGCUAUGUAAUAGAGAGGACGGACAAGGUUUAUGAGCCUUGGUUCGAGAUGAUGCAUCAGCGUCAGAGCGAUUUAGAAAAUUCCUAUAAAGAGCCUCUAAGGAAGAUGGCGCAGGAGAAAGAUGCCCAUAAAUAG